AUGAAUGAAUUGAAAUCCAAUAAUGAGGAUGAUUUUGUUAAUUUUUUGCCGGGGUUUUAUCGUUUAUUAGAUUUAUGCAAAUAUGAUAAAAUUGACAAAAUAUCUUUAUCAAAAGAAGGAUUGGAGCAAUUAUGCAAUAACUUUAUUUCAGACAGUUAUCAAUCAAUUUCGGAAAUUGAUUAUAAUAAAUUAAAUUCUAAAUCUUUGCAGUUGAUUGGAUGUUAUGGAAAUCAUAACUUAAUUGCAAAACUCUUGUUAAAUCAAGAAAAGAUUGAUCAACGAUUAUAUGAAAUGAUGAUUCGCCCAUCAUCUCUUCGUCCAGGAAUUUAUUUCUUGGUGUACAAUUCUAAAUUAGGUUUAGUAAUCCAUUGGUCAGAAUAUGGAUGCUAUGAAAAUAAUGCUCCUUUACGAAUAAAGAAAAAUAUGAUAAACCUUCAUCGAUGUUUGACAAAUUUGACGGAUUAUCAAAUUUGUUUAAUGAGUGAUCGCGACUUGAAUAGGUUUGAUUGGAAAAAAGAAGAUUCAUCAAAUGGCAAUGAUGAUGAUACGUGUUAUGGAUUCGAGGUCAAGAAUAGUCAAAAACAAGAAUUUAGAUUUUUUAAUGGAUUUAACAUUCCUUUACCAGAGGCUAUUGAAUCAGAAAUUAAAAUCAAAUCUUUUAAUGAAAAAUCAUUACAUCCAAAAGUCGUUGAAUCGAUUUCAUGUCAAGCUUUUGUUACACAAAUGAUAAUUACGCCUUACGACACGAAAAAGGAAAGCGUUACUAAAAAACCAUCAUAUUUCGGUGAUUUUAUGCAUUUAUGGAGAGAUCACUCUAUAAGAAUUAAUCGUUCAACCAUGAGCAUGAAUAAACUUAAAAUUCUUAUCGACUAUGGAUUAAAUAGAAAUGAUUUGAAGAAGUUAUUAGUUAAAAGUAUUGAUUCAAUGAAUGUUGCAUUGAGAGAAUUUGAUAAUAGGGAAAAGCAAGAAGUGCUAGCUGUUCAAUAUAAUACUUAUGACUUAAAAAUGGUUGCUCUCAAAAGACUUAAAGUAUUAUAUAGAUGUUUUGAAGAUACUCAACCAGAUCAAGUUGAUAAGAAUGAAAUAAACAAGGAGAUCGAGGGAUUAUUUUCAAAGUAUCCUAAUUUAACGGUCAAAUUGGAUACGGCAUCAAAAAUCAAUACAGAUGAAUGGAUGCAAUUAAAACGAGGAUUCAUUUAUGGAUCAUUACUGAUGAAGGAAGUUCAAGCACAUGCAUCAAGAAAUGAUGAAUUAAACAAUAAAGAAGUGGAUGAUGCUAUCUGGCAGGCAUUAUAUAGAGUUUUAAAUGUUUCGCAUGCUGAACCUCUAACGUUUAAUCAUGUUUACAAAGAUUAUUUCACGAAUCUGAGAACAAAAUUACAUAUGAAGUAUAAAUUUACUUUUAAACUGACGGAUAUUCAGAUUAACGAUUAUUAUAAUCAAGCAAUGUUCAUUGAUUUAUCGGAUUCAACUAUACUUGAUUUAUUAUUCGAUACCAAAUUUUGUCCAAAUAACUCAGAACUUAGAGAAUCAAUUAUAAAAUUAUUCCGUGAUAUAUAUUGCAAAUGGAAAACCAAUAAAUUUCCAGAUAAUAUCAAUAAGCUGGAUUGGUCAGAGCUUAUUGAAAUUGAACAUAAAAAGCAUAAACAAGAUAUCUUAAAUAACACAUUUGAAAAGCUUUGCGAACUGAUUGAGAAAAGGUUUCCAGAUGGUCCUUUAUUUAAUGUCUUAAAUAUUAGUAAAACUGAAUCAAUUUUUUUAAGGAUUAAAAUUACAAUAGAUUACGAAGUUAUGAUUGUGCAGCCACCACAAUUACAAAUAACGAUCUAUGAAACUAAGGCUGAGCAAGAAGAUUGUUUGAAAGUUCAUACUUUUACAAUUGAACCUGAAAAUGAAUUAAUGCAUGUAUCCAAGUUUGAUCACCCUGAACAUCCAAAAUAUUUGUCAAUAAUCUGGAAUAAUAAAACGAACCAAAUGGAACUACGCGUAGACACAAUACAAGGCUCAACAAUACCGUUUAUAAUUGACCAUUCAAAAAAAUAUCAGAAUAUAAUGAAUGCAAAUAAAUGUUGUCUCAUUGCCGUAAAUGAAUCGAAAAGGUUAAUUGGGAUAUAUAAUUCUGAUAAUGGCAUGCUUAACGUAUUUCAUUAUAACGAAUUCAUAAAUCUUCAUACACGUAACAUUAAUAUUCAAAUCUAUAAACGUUAUAAUAAUACUGUUCCAGAUGUACAUCAUUUUUUAUUUAUUGAAAAUACUGAAGAGCUUUGUUUUGUUGAGAAAUUCGGUCGUGCAAGAAUUUAUAACCUUGCUAAAGGUCAAUUUCGAGCAGUUGUUUCUCAAUUUCCUCCCGAUUCCACCAAAAUUUUAAGUACACCUGAUAGCACUUGUAUAGUUGCAUUUGUAAAAGAGCAACAGCAAUCUUUAUUGCCAGAAGUUGAAUCAUCGGAAAUUACUCAUGGCAAAAUCAUUGACGAUGGCACACCACAAAAAAAUGAUGAAUCCCUCAAAUAUAGAGUUAAUGUAUAUGUAUAUUUUUAUUCAGAAUUUGGAAAACCAGCAAAUAAAGUAGUUGAAAUGCCUUCAAGUAUGCAAUCCUUGGAAUAUUUUAAAUUUACUAUAUUAAAAAACCGUCAAAUUUAUCUUACUACACUUGACAUCAAUAAUGGUGUUUCACAAGCAUUAAUUGUUAAAAUUGUGGAUGAUAAAAAAGCGAAAUAUCAACUUAAACAAAGUCUUGAAAAAUCAACUGGACAGGUUAAAUUUGAAUCUGCAGAAUCUUCAGAUGAUCAUCCCGAUAAAUCAUCCAUACUUGUUGGUAGACGGAUCAAUUUUACUCAAGAUAUUAAAGAAGGAGAAAAUAUUAUUAUUAUGGAUAAAAGUUAUGAAGUAAUUGAAAUAAUCUCCGAUAGUAAAAUAAAGAUAGCCGACAACGUUUCUUCCCUUUUGGGUGUUGAGUCAUGGUUUGAUUUUCGUAUUGAACCAAAGACAAAACUUAAUGGAUUUAUAGAUUCAUAUAAAUUAAUGUUUGAAAAAUAUCCAAUUGAUAAUUGUAUUGAAAAUGAACAAAAUAGGUUACUUUGUUUACAUAUAGUUUUAGAUAUUUUACAAGAUAAUAAUUCCGUUGAAAAGUUUCGUAAAUAUCGUACAAACUUUGAAGAAUAUAUAUUAAAUAUGUUCAAGGAUCUAAAAAUAGAAGCAAACAAGCCGCAAAAUGUUUUGAAAGAAUUUUCGACAUGUGUAAGCACUUUCACAGAGUUUAAUAUUGAAAAUUUAAUCCGAUCCAAGAAAAAUAAGAUGAUUAAUUACCAACUUGGUGAAUGGAUCGUACAACUGUUAUGUUUGAUUCCAAUUCAAAUAGCUGUAUCAAAGAAUCAUAAAUUCCAACCGUUGUGUGAUGGGACAUUAAAAGCAGAAGGCGAACAGUCUGAUGGAUGUCAUAUUACUCGUAAUAUAUCUUUUGGAUGGUAUGAAGGAAUCCUUAAUCAUCUUGGGGAUCGCAAUAUUAAAGUUGUUUCAAGUAUGGGUGAACAUUCUUGCGGAAAGUCAUAUUUAUUAAAUCAUCUUGUUGGAACUUCCUUCGAUGGUUCGGAAAUGAGCGAGGGUGUAUGGAUGUCUUUAGUAAAUACCCAUAAAUGUAUUUAUGUUGCACUAAACUUUGAAGGUUUAGAGUCACUUGAAAAAAGUUCUCAAGAUGAUUUAUUUUUGGCACUGUUUGCUACAAUCAUGUCAAAUCUCGUACUCUUUAAGAAUUUUUUGAAAUUACAACAGUGUCAUUUUGCGAUAAAUAGAGAUAUGUCUUUAAUGUUUCAAAGAUUUCAGGAUGGUGCAAUGUUAUUCGAGUCAGAUCCAAAGUUGUUUCAGGCAAAACUAUGUGUUAACAUAAAGGAUGUGCCCAUGUCCGAAAAAGAAGAAAUUGUUGGGGAAUUUCGGGCAAAUCUUUCUCGAUUAAUUUCCAAUGAGGGUGAAAAUAAUUUUAUUUCAAGAAUUUUUCAGGGUGAAUUGAAUGUCAUUCCUUGGCCUAUGUUUAAUGAUGCCGCAUGGUUUAACACCUUAUCAUAUGUUAAUAAGAAGCUAUAUGAGCAGGAGGCAAAAUUUGACAACGUACGAGCUUUCUUACAAAAUAUAAAAGUAAUCAUGGCUAAAUUAAAGAUAUGUGAGUGGGGUUCGUUAGAUAACACCCUCAUACAGAUUCGUGUUGCAACAUUAAUGAGAUUACUUCCAUUUGCGGUUUCCCAUGGAAUGGAACAAAACUGUGAUAUUGCUAGACAUCUUAUGAAUCAUGACACUGGAGAAAGAAUUGAUGAUCCGAUA